AUGAAGCAGGCAACAAGUCUAAAGAAAAAAGUUUCAAAUCCGAACAAAGCUCAAAGUCCUCUGAAGAAUAUGAAUUCUGUUAGUCAAUAUCGUUCAAGUGCUGAACUAGUCAAGGAAUAUGAGAUUAAGAGAGAACAACUUUCAAAAGAACACAACGAUAAAAUUAGGAAAUCUCAGUCACCGAUGACACAUAAAAGAAAGAAUCUUGAGGAGUCUGUUGCACAACAAGGAAAUAGUAUAUUGCCUAUUAACAAGUCAAUGAGCCAAUCUUCUACAAGGAAAGAGAUUAAUGCUUCACAUAUGAUCACUGGAAAAGGACAAAUCAAACAACAAUUAUUUCAACCUCAAUCGGGAGAGCCCAUUAAAAAGAGAGGAGUCGAAUCACCUAUGCACAACUUUAUGUUCCAAGGAUUUUCAAAGGUUGAUGUUAAUACUUUAGAUGUCAUUGGAAUAUCACAAGUUGAACAAGAGAAACAAUAUGCUAUUAAAGAGCUAGAAAACUUUCUGCCCACUGAAGAUCUAGAUGAACAUAAUAAACGAUUAGAUGAUCCUGUAGAACAAGAAGAAAUUGGUGUGGAUGGAUGGUUAAAUAGUGAUGACGAUAUGAAUGUUGAUUGUGGUACAAAUGGAGAAGCAGUGGGACCAACUGACAAGGCAGUUUCUAAUUUAAGAAACUUCAUAGGAACAGUAGGAAGGAAUCCUAGAUUUAUCAACUUGUUGUACACUAGUUGGCAUGCUGUUCCAGAUGAAACUAAAAAACGCAUGUGGGAUUAUGUCAAUUCAAAAUUUCUGAUUCCAAAGGAAGGACAGAAGUGGGUGAUGCAUGGUCUUCGUGAUGCUUGGAGGGGAUUCAAGAGAGAAGUUAAACGGAGAUGUUCUGAUAAAAGACUUACUGUUGAAGAAAUGCUAGAAAAACGUCCCGCUGGCGUUCCAUCUGUUCACUUACGUCAGUUGAUCGAGUAUUGGAAGCUUUCAGAAGUUGAAGUAAGAUUAAAAUAA